AUGCGGCGCACGCGAUGGUCGCUCGACACCGGGGCGGCAGCAGCGUCGGCAGCGGGGCGCGCCUUGUUGCAACCACGGAGAACGGGGAAGCUUGACGCACAGGCAGACACUACCAGCCCUGUGCGCCGUUGCUCGACAACGGACGCUAAUACGGCUGAUGGUGGGGCCACAGCACCAUCGGCGGCCACCCGCCCUGUGCAUUCGCUUCGUCUGGCAGUCGUGCGCCCUGACGUCCUGGAUGAUUGGGUGCCAGAGCUGAACGACGUCGCUGCACAGCAGAUCUCCUGUGACGAAGCGACGACGCUGGUGGUGUGGAGGUGCUCUCGCUGCCAAAAGCGGUACCAGUGCACUGUGCAAGCCCGCGUAGCUCGCGGCCGGGCAGCUUGCCCGCACUGUGGUGGCAACAGCAGCACAGCAGGCGAAGCUUCUGCCAGCAACUCGGCAGCAGCCUUGGCAACCUCUCGGGUGGAGGUCAGAGAGACGCUCGACAAGACACAUCCUGAUCUCGCUGCGCGCUGGGAUGUCGCUCGCAACGGCGCGCUCCUGCCCUCUCACGUAACGGCGUCAAGCACACGGCCGGUGUGGUGGCUUCCUGCCGCGCGCACAGCGCUGCUACCGUCCUCGGCUGCACAGCGCAGCUUUCUUCGCCCGGUGUUCGCGUGUGUGUACGACUCCGCGAGUCCAGAGGAGCAGGCGGCCGCGACGGCGGCGAUGGAGUGGCGGCUGCUCCAUGAAAUACGCCGUGUCGCACACAUUGAAGAGGCAGAAAAAGCUGGUGCUAUCCCUGUGACGCUGUGCGGCAACCAGGUGGGUACACCACGUGCUGCUGCAUGGCUAACCGGGUCUGGAAGCGCAGUGGCCGAAGCCUCGCGACCGUCUUUAGCCACCAUGACGGCCGUUGAUGUGCACGUGGUUGAGCGCAUGUGGAAAGACCGCAUGUCGCGACUGGCAAUGCCAGAAAAUGUGGCAGAUGGUACAUCUCCGCAGAUCCCGGCGCCACGCCUCGCCGGCGCCUUGUCACGCGAGCUCUUUGCGCACUCGCCGACCUCUGUUCGUAGGGGUGCAACUUCAGAUGGCACGGCAGCCGCCUCAACAGUGCGGGAGGCCUUGCUAGGUCGAUAUUUCGAGUUUGUCUGCCGUCAGCGGAGAGGCAACAGCAGCAUCAAAGAGCAAAAGCCCUUCACACCUGUACUGGCAAGUCUCUCACAGCUGAGUUCUGCUGCUGCCGCCACCGCAUCGUCUGCGGCCAAGAGCAUAUCCCCAUCAUGGACCGAUUUUUUCACACUGACGAGGGACUCAGCGCUGCCAAAGGGAUACAUCGACCCGAGCGCGGCCCUGUACUUCCCGGGCGCCGCGGAAGCGGCGGCACACAAUGUGGCGGCAACAGCGGCAUCCGAAGUGGAGAAAGUGGACUCGCUGCGGCUGACGCCAUCCCAGAUGCACCCCACUGUCCUUACCAAGUACCCUCGGCGUCCUCCGUCGCCUCAUCUACGAGAGGACGACGUGCUGCAGACGACGCCGCCAAUGAUGAGGACCGGCGCCGACGCUGUCGAAGACAGCGACAGCGGUAACAAGAAGGCCUCUGCCCCUCACCAGGUCAAGUACAGGCAAUUGAUGCAUCACGUUCAUAUGCCGUUUGGGCAUGCUGCCACAGCAGAGGAGGAGAGUGCAGCGAAACUGGCAGCUGAGUAUGACGUCGAUGAUGACGACAUCGGUCGUGGCAAUGGCAACGGGCCUGCCCACACGGCAGACAACGCGGCCACGUUUGCCACAGAGCUGCGUGGCGCGCGCGGCGCAUCGGAUACAACGACGGGUGGGGCGGGUAAGCACCGUGGCAGAGCUGCAACGACGGCAUCCCUCAUCGAAUCUGCCAUUGCUGCUCUCGGCGAGGCCUUCUCCACAGCAGAGGCGGGCAGCAGCAGCAAUCAACGCUAUCAUCGUGAGGCUCAUCGGACAGCGGCGCUGAGUGACGAGCUGAUGGCGUCGUGCAGCGAGGUUGCUCGACGCACCAGUACACGACCGCGCCGCUUUCGCCUCUCGCUCCCUGACGAGGCGCCGCAGCGGAGGCAAUGGAACGUGGUGGCAAAGUCGAUCGAUGCCGACAACAGCGGUGCUGCGCAGCCUGACCACUUUGAUGCUCCGCAAGCGCCGCGCAAAGUGGCCCGGCCACGUCAAGUCAAGAAAGAGACGCCAAGUGCAACAGCACAGUGA